AUGGGGUCGUUUUGGGGCAGCAAGAGGGGGGAAGAGGGGGAAGAGGGGGAAAACGGGGCGGCUUCCCCUGCCUCAAGGAGCAUCCAAGGGGCCAAGUCUUGGAGAGCAUCUGGUAUUGCUGGUGGUGGUGCUGCUGCUGCUUCAGUUGCUGCUGUUGGGGAUGUGACUGUUGUGGGUAUGGGAGGAGCAAGUGCAGUUAGCCAAGGCGCCAGGGGUGAGAAGCAGCGGCAGAGGAAAGGAGUUUCGUUUCUGAGCGAUGGGGAUGCUGCAAGUGAUGGUGGGGGGGCGAGUGCAGGUAGUGGCACAGGAGGAGGGAAGGAGAAGCAGUCUCAGAGGAAAGCAGUUUCGUUCUUGAGCAAUGGGGAUGCAAGUGAUUUUGGGGGUGUGAGUGCAGGAGGUAACAGCACAGGAGGAGGAGGGAAGGAGAAGCAGCCUCAGAAGACAGCAGUUUCUCGUGGGGAAAUGACUGCGAGUGGAGGGGAUAUAGGGCUGCACGGCAUGGUCCUCCCCUUUUAUCCGCUCACCCUCUCCUUCCACAACGUCAACUACUAUGUCGACAUGCCCGCCGAGCUAAAAGACAAGGCCGCGCCGCCCGGCCAGCGCCUGCAGCUGCUGCACAACGUGUCCAGCGUGUUUCGUCCCGGAGUGCUGACUGCCCUGAUGGGAGUAUCUGGGGCAGGGAAGACCACGCUAAUGGACGUGCUGGCAGGGAGGAAGACCGGGGGGUACAUUGAAGGGGACAUCCGCGUUUCCGGGUACCCGAAAGUGCAGGAGACGUUUCUGAGGGUGUCGGGGUAUUGUGAGCAGGUGGAUAUUCACACGCCCCAGGUGACCGUGCACGAGUCUCUCCUCUACUCCGCCUGGCUGCGCCUGCCUGAGGAGAUUGACCGAGAUGUGAUACUGGAAUUCGUGGAGGAGGUGAUGGAGUUGGUGGAAUUAGAGCCGGUGAAGGGGGCGGUGGUGGGAACGGCAGGGCAGGACGGGCUGUCGGUGGAGCAGAGGAAGCGGCUGACCAUGGCAGUGGAGCUCGUAGCCAACCCCGCCAUCAUCUUCAUGGAUGAACCCACCUCAGGCCUGGAUGCGAGGGCAGCGGCCAUAGUGAUGAGGGCGGUGCGCAACACAGUGAACACGGGUCGCACAGUCGUGUGCACCAUCCACCAGCCGUCCAUCGACAUUUUUGAGGCCUUUGACGAGCUGCUGCUGAUGCAGCGGGGAGGAGAGGUCAUCUACGCAGGGUCGUUGGGGACACAGUCAUGCGACCUCGUUCGAUACUUCGAGGCCAUCCCAGGGGUGCCGCCCAUCCAGCCCGGCGCCAACCCAGCAGCGUGGAUGCUCGAGGUCACGGCGCCAGCAGCAGCAGAGCGGCUCGGACUCGACUUUGCCCACCUCUUCCGCCAGUCCGACCAGUUCAGGGCCAUAGAGUCGCUGAUUCAGGAGUCCAGCGUGCCUCCUGAAGGCGAGCCGGACCUGUUCUUCCCAACGCAGCACCCGACAACACCCCUUUCCCAGUUCGCCACGCACAUGUGGAAGCGCCACCUCAUGACCAUAGAGUCGCUGAUCCAAGAAUCCAGUGAGCCUCCUGAAGGCGAGCCGGACCUGUUCUUCCCAACGCAGCACCCCACCACGCCGCUCUCCCAGUUCGCCACGCACGUGUGGAAGCGGCACCUCAUGUACUGGCGCAUGCCCGACUACAACGGUGCGCGCUUCUACUACUCUUUCAUCAUGGCUCUCCUCAUCGGAGGCGUCUUCUUCGGCUUCGGAAACACCCGGGAGACCCCGCAGCAGAUUGUGAAUGUCAUGGGGGCGCUUUACACGGCUGCACUCUUCCUCGGGUGGAGCAAUCUCGGAUCGAUCCAGCCAAUGCUGGCCGUGGAAAGGAGUAUUUAUUACCGGGAGCGCGGAGCCGGGAUGUACGGAGCGAUCCCGUACGCGCUCGCGCAAGGAGCGAUUGAGCUGCCAUACCUGCUGGUUCAGGCUGUGGUGUACUCGUUAUUGACAUACUCGAUGAUUCGGUUCGAGUGGACGCUCGGGAAGUUCCUGCUGUACCUGCUGUUCCAGUUCCUCACGCUGCUCCACUUCACGUUUUUCGGCAUGAUGACGAGUGCCAUCACGCCCGCUGAAGGGCUGGGAAUGCUUAUGUCUGCCUUCAUCUACUCCAUCUGGAACCUUCUCUGUGGCUUCCUCCUACCACAGCCGUGGCGAUAG